UGUGUGUGUGUGGCCUUGUGGUUUGAUUGACUACCGAUACUGCUCUGUGCUUCCAUAGCAUGACGUUUGAUGCCGCACCAUCGUAUUCCAUUCAGUCGAUGCAUCAGCGUCCAAAGCGGAUUCCUUCAUCCCCAGACAGGUAAUAGGUAACAGGGAGCCUAAUUACCAGAUCGCCCACAAACUCAUCAAUUGACGCAGUUGAUUGGCCGUCGCCGCUGUCACUCCACGAGCGCCAGAACUUGUCAUUACUUUCAACUUCCCUAAAAAAAUGAAUUUCGACCAAAUCCUUUCUGCCAUCGGCGGCUUUGGGAAAUUCCAGAAGAUUUUGUACAUUUGGAUAUGUUUACCCCAAGUCCUGCUGGCCUUCCACAUGAUGGUGAGCAUCUUCACUGGAGCCACACCACCGCAUCGAUGCCGGGAAAGCCGCAGCUCUGAAGUUUGGAAUCGGUCGCUCUUUGACGCUCACGUCAGUCCUAACUUCAGUCUGGCGGAGUCUGCCUGCUUCUCUUCAGACGCCAACCACACUGGGCUGACCCCCUGCGGUCAGGGAUGGGUGUACAAGCAGGACACCUUCCAGAGCACCACAGUCACAGAGUGGGACCUUGUGUGCGACCGAGCGGGACUGAACACCCUGGGAUCAUCUAUCUACAUGUUUGGACUGCUGGUGGGGUCGGUGGCCUUUGGAUCCAUGGCUGACAGAUACGGCAGGAGGUUCGUGCUGCUGCUGUCCAUCGCUCUUCAGACGGUGUUUGGAGUCGCGGCGGCCUUUUCGCCCAACUUCAUCGUUUAUGUGAUGCUUCGUUUCAUCAUUGGCACCACCAUAUCUGGAGUCAUCAUGAACGCAUUCGUACUAGGCACAGAGUGGACGUGCACCAAGAGGCGUAUGUUGGCCGGCAUCAUCACAGACUUCGCCUUUGGUGCGGGUUACAUGCUGCUGUCGGGUGUGGCCUACCUGAUACGUGAUUGGAGGAAGUUACAAGUGGCUAUAUCAGCCCCCGGCUUCCUGCUCAUCUUCUAUAUAUGGGUUGUUCCUCACUCUGCCAGGUGGCUGCUGGCCAACGACAGACGGGCGGAGGCCAUCGCGCUCCUCCACAAGGCAGCGCUUGUUAACGGGCGUGUCUUGCCUCCUGCUGUUCAAGUGGAGAAGUGUUGCAUGGCGCGUGGAGAGAGGAGAACAUCCAAAGUAGUGGAUCUCAUCCAAACUCCUCAGAUGAGGAAGCGGACCCUGAUUUUGUUCUACCUUUGGUUUGUGAACAUGUUGGUGUAUUACUGCCUCUCGCUGGGCGUGUCCCGCUUGGGCACCGACCUCUACAUGACCCAGUUCGUGUUCGGCUUGGUGGAGAUUCCGGCGCGUUCUCUGGUGCUCAUCACCCUGCCGUUCAGCCGACGUCUUCUCAGUGUUUUCAUGGCCCUGGGGGGGUUGGCCUGUCUGCUUAUGCUGGCUGUUCCCGCAGAUCAUCCCAACGUCCUGACUGCAAUGGCGAUGGCGGGGAAAUUUGGAAUAACGGCCUCCUUAGCGAUCAUCUACGUGUACACUGCUGAGAUAUUCCCAACUGUGCUCCGGCAAACAGGCAUAGGUGUGUCCAGUAUGUUUGCAAGAAUGGGGGGAGUCUUGGCCCCCGUUAUCAACAUGCUCCACAAUGUCACCCCCACCAUACCACUGCUCAUCUUCGGGGCAUCCCAACUCCUGGGUGCCGCCCUGGCCUUGGCGCUGCCCGAAACGGCAAACAGACCCCUUCCUGACUUGGUGGAGGAUGCAGAGAACUGGGACACAAGGCGGCCGCCUCCCACCCAGGAGCAUCUUGCUACACGUGAAGCCCCCAGCCCGGAUCAGCACUGACCAUGUUUACGUGUCCAUGCAGGUACAAGUCAAAAGCCUUGCCCAGACCCUAGCUCCAGUGGCCCCCAGGUAAAUUGAGUUUGAGAUCCCUGAUAUAAGGUCUACUGUGUAUUGAUUAGACAGUACCCCCCCACACACACACACAGACAUAACUGCUUCCAUGUUACGUUAAAAUACCAUCUAGAUGCCUAUUUAGCCUGUUCUUCGUUUGUAUUAUUACUAUACUUGCCUUUCAAGUUGAAUUGUCUUUACGUAUGAAAAGGACCGUCUAUAAAUGUACACCAGGAAU